CCAAACCUUGUUUUAUUUCCCUAUUUAUGCGCGCGCUACUUGUUUGCUCUGCGCGUAAUCUCCAAUAUGCUAGGAGCUAAUCCUCAGUUUCUCAAACUUCCUGAGUCAGACGAAGUGACUUCUUCAGAAUUCGAUUCACUUAUCGAUGGAUCUGAAAAUACAAUUCAAAAUCAUCAAAGCUCUCCUUGGAAUUUUAAAUUCUAUCAGAGCUUCUUUGACGUUGAUACGGAUAUAAUAUUGCGCCGCCUAGCUUAUUCUGUAAUACCAUGUCAAAAACAAAGCAUCCUUGCUGAAAUUUCAAAACCAAGGAUCGAUUUAUACGGGCCAUUCUGGGUCAUCACGACACUGAUCUUUGUCAUUUCGCUGGGAAGCGAUUUAACAGGUUUCCUUACCCAUCAACGCUUUGAUUCCGAUGGCUGGCAUUACGACCUCAGAAAAGUCACAAUUGCCGCUAUUGCAGUAUAUUCGUAUUGGUUCAUUGCUCCUACGAUUCUCUGGUGCACCUUACACUUUUCCAAGUUUAGAAAACCGAGCGAGCCAGAAUAUAAGCAACUUGAUCGGUCUGAUUAUGAUGCUGAAUCUCUUAGUUCCAGGCCUUGUGCUCAAGAUUCUAUCCUCUCUUAUGUCCACCUUUUGUCCGUAUGUGGCUAUGCCUUGACAAUUGUCGUUCCAGUUUCGCUAAUAUCUAAAUAUUCGGCCUGA